AGGCUACCAAUGAGACUAUUGAGGGAGGAGUCCGUCGGUGGAUCAGAGUAGACGCUCUAGCUCACUUCGAAGCACUUUACAUUGCACAGAGGGAGGCGACCAUUCCCUAAUUUUCCCAUCCAGCCAGUAGCCGCAGAAACACCCAGAGGGGAAUAUUUCAAAGCUUUGUUCAGAGGUGGAAUCAGUUUUCGACCAGUCGCAAUUAUGUCUGGGCAUUCUUAUCAAGGCAAAAAGAAUAUUCCAAAGAUCACAAGCGACAGGCUUCUGGUCAAAGGCGGGAGGAUCGUUAAUGAUGACCAGUCCUUUUAUGCCGACAUUUACAUGGAAGAUGGCGUCAUUAAGCAGAUUGGAGACAACCUGAUUGUCCCAGGUGGGAUCAAGACCAUUGAGGCCAAUGGCAAGAUGGUGAUCCCCGGUGGCAUUGACAACCACACCCACUUCCAGAUGCCCUACCGGGGGACCACCACCGUGGACGACUUCUCCCAGGGCACCAAGGCUGCCCUGGCUGGGGGAACCACCAUGAUCGUGGAUCAUGUGAUCCCGGAGCCAGGCAGCAGUCUGAUCGAGGCCUUUGAGCAGUGGAGGAGCUGGGCCGAUGAGAAGACCUGCUGUGACUACUCCCUCCAUGUGGACAUCACCCACUGGAGUGACAGUGUUAAGCAGGAGGUGGACACACUGCUCAAGGAAAAAGGUGUGAAUUCCUUCCAGGUCUACAUGGCCUAUAAGGACUUCUACCAGAUGAGCAACAGUGAGCUGUAUGAGAUCUUUACCUUCCUGGGAGAGAUGGGUGGCAUUGUGCAGGUCCAUGCUGAGAAUGGAGAGAUCAUCGCCGAGGAGCAGGCACGCAUGCUGGAGAUGGGCAUCACUGGACCAGAGGGACACGUGCUGAGCAGGCCAGAGGAGCUGGAGGCAGAGGCUGUGUUCCGCGCCAUCACCAUUGCCAGCCAGACCAACUGUCCCCUGUAUGUGACCAGGGUCAUGAGCAAGAGUGCUGCCGACAUCAUCUCACAGGCCAGGAAAAAAGGUAACGUUGUGUUCGGCGAGCCAAUCACGGCCAGCCUUGGGACUGACGGGACACACUAUUGGAGCAAGAACUGGGCCAAGGCUGCCUCCUUUGUGACAUCACCCCCCCUCAGCCCGGACCCCACCACCCCAGACUACCUGAACACAUUACUGGCCAGUGGUGACCUGAAUGUGACUGGCAGUGCCCACUGCACCUUCAGCGUGGCCCAGAAGGCCAUAGGGAAGGAUGACUUCACUCAGAUCCCUGAGGGUGUGAACGGAGUGGAGGAGAGGAUGUCCCUCAUCUGGGAGAAGGCUGUGACCACUGGCAAGAUGGACGAGAACAUGUUCGUUGCUGUGACGAGCACCAACGCCGCCAAGAUCCUAAACCUGUACCCCCGUAAGGGACGGAUAGCUGUGGGCUCCGAUGCUGACCUGGUCAUUUGGGACUCAGAUGCUGUCCGCACCAUCACCGCCAAGACGCACAACUCGGCUGCUGAGUACAAUGUGUUUGAGGGCAUGGAGCUCCGUGGUGCCCCCUCGGUGGUGAUCUGCCAGGGGAAGCUGGUGCUGGAGGAUGGGAACCUGCACGCCACCUCCGGGGUCGGCCGCUUCAUCCCCUGCACCCCCUUCCCGGACUUUGCUUACAAGCGCGUCAAGGCCAGGAAGCAGUUGGCAGUCCUGCGGGCAGUGCCCAGGGGCAUGUAUGACGGUCCUGUGUCUGAAUUCUCGCCCAUGUCUCGUGGCGGUACCCCCUCAGCGUCUGCCCGUACCUCCCCCACCAAGCAGCCUGUGAGGAACCUGCACCACUCCGGCUUUAGUUUAGCAGGUCCCCCCACCACAGAGGAUGUCCCCAUCCGGCCAGCCGGACGCCGCAUCGUAGUUCCCCCUGGUGGUCGCUCCAACAUCACAUCCCUCAGCUAAGAGGUUUAACCAGGAGAGAUACCAGUCAGAAGAUGACAACAGCCAUUGGGAGACGACGGAGACAUGAUUAGUUAAAACAAGUUAAGUUGAGUAAAACACUGAAUCCUCAUGCCUUACCAGCCACAAUGCUACCUGCUUAAGCUUCUAAAAGCUCAGUACUACUCCUCCUAGGCAAUUGCAGGUCAGUCACUAGAACAAAAUAUGAAUUUAAAGUACAUUUGUUUACCAAAAGAUUGGGUUUAUAUGCUCUGGAAUAACAGGAGUAUGUUCAUAACCAGAAUAUAGGUGAUCAAUUUGUAUUACUGUCCCUCAUUGUCUACGUUAGUAAUUGUGUCAACUGUGUAUUGACAUUUUAGGCAAUACUCUGAAUCCAUAAUAUAGUUAAAUAAACCUCAUGAUACCAAUUUCCACAGUGUUCUGAUGCUUGUUACCUAGGAAAAGUAAUAUGGCCUUUUUCUUCCAACACGUUUGUCUUUCACCCUUUCUGAGUACUAGUCUGCUGAUUUAGUUCCCUAGCAAUGUAAUGAUAACAUGCAGUAACGUCCAUAACUGAUAGGUGGCAUUGUGAGUACGUAUGAUUGAUGUAACGUAGCUUUGUGAAUGAUGUUGCUCAUUGCCUCAUUGUUGAACCCUGGGGGGAUAGUCAUUAGAGAUUGUGUUGUUUCUUAUUUUUCUUGAAGAUAAAAACUUAUCUGGUAUUACAAUAUUAUUUUGCAAACAUGCAACAGCAUAUUAUAAGGUAGAAAUGCUUGUCAUGUUUAAUUUCCCCCCUGCGCUCCGCUCCACUCCAUCCUGGCUGUAGAUUACAUUGUGAGAAACCGUCCUUUGCAUUUGCUUCAAGCUUAAUGCCUGUUCCUAUUCAUACCUUUUAGCAAGUCAUCUGGAUGGUUAAAAAACAUGUAACCCUUGCACAAGAAGUAAAACCAAGCUUAACUUCCAUGGCCUGGGUCGUGAAAUUGUAAUUAUGAGCUUUGUGAACAAUAAUACAUAAAAAAAAUGUUUAUGAUAAAAGUAACAAACCUUUAAAAUCACAGUCAUUUACCUCUGGCUUUAUUUCUAUUUUCCUGACAAUGUGGCUCUCGUUUUGAAGCAACAGACCAUCAUUCCUUGCAUUCAACAACAUAACAUUGAAAGAUAAUGUUGUGCUGGUUUAAAUCGCAACACUCCGAGAGAGUCCCCACAAUGCUGUACACUUUAGCUGACUGACAGCACUUGGUUUGGUAACUAACUAACUAACUAACUAACACCAAGGGGAGGACAGACCGGCGUAACCCUGGGUCACUCUCUUUCAGAGUCAUUUUCUAUGCUUCUGGUCUGUCUACCUGUCCCAGACAAGGCAGGGGAUUGUAUGUUUUUAGAAUGAGGCUAGGAGGAGGAGGAGGAUGAGGAGAGCUUUAUUUUUGCUCUCCCAAUCAGCUAAGGAAGAGGUCGUGAGGUGGUCGUUGUUUUUUAUUGAGUGAUGAUGUGGAAUUUCAAGCAAUCCAAGUGGUGAUUAUAUUUAUGUUAGUUUGACUUGAUCUUUUUUAUAGUUUUUAUGUCUUUUUUUUACUGUUGUAUCAACCCAGAGAAGGCAGGUCAAAACAACAUUGAGGUGUGAUGUGGUGGUAUGAACUGUUCCUGAAUAAACAUGAGUUGCAACUGA